AGGUUCCUCCAGUCAGUCUGCAGACCUACGUGAAGAGUGUGAGGGUCCGAACGUUGCUUUUCUCUACUGUUCACCUGGAGAUCAGUCAUGAAGAGGUCAGUCCCUUACAACUCCAGAUGGGCAGAGAGGCGAUCUACGGUGGUUUAUGCGGUGCGCUCGGCCACCUUCGGCUCAUGGAGGAUGCUCACUCUGGGGGCGGAGUACGAGGACACCUGGGCACGGUCACCUGACCGGAGGCCCCGCACCGUGAAGCGGAUCGAGGAAGAGCCGAGGCCCGUAGAGGAGGAGGAAACCACCGCCGGAGAACCGGAGGAGCCGUCGUGGAGGACCGCUGGUGCCGACACCGGGCUGAAGUAUGACACCGUUUUACACCUGGAUGGAGUCAGCAGAGCCUGGAGGAGGGAUGGAAUCCGACAGGCUGUAAGGAACCAUGACAGCCUGAACAACACCAUAGGAACCUACAGAAUGGCUCGCUUCGCAGAAGAUCUACCCACCCGCUAUGGAGGAGGAGGAGGCGGUGGAGGAGGCGCAGGCGGCGGAGGUGGAGGGAGAGGCGGACCGGGCGCUGGGAGAGGGGGCGCCCGGGGUGGCGGCGGCGGCGGCCCCGGCGGCGCUCCGGGCGGCCAGAGGAUGUACAAGCAGUCGAUGGCCCAGAGAGCCCGGACCAUGGCCAUCUACAACCCGAACCCCGUCAAACAGAACUGCUUCACCGUCAACCGCUCCCUGUUCAUCUUCCGAGAGGACAACCUGAUCAGGAAGUACGCAAAGCGAAUCACAGAGUGGCCUCCAUUCGAGUACAUGAUCCUCGCUACAAUUAUCGCCAACUGCAUCGUCUUGGCCCUGGAGCAGCAUCUCCCCGCCAGCGACAAGACGCCCAUGUCAGAGCGCCUGGACGACACAGAGCCCUACUUUAUUGGAAUAUUCUGUUUCGAGGCUGCCAUUAAGAUCAUCGCCCUGGGCUUUGCGUUUCACAAAGGCUCCUACCUCCGCAACGGCUGGAAUGUAAUGGACUUCGUGGUCGUCCUGACGGGGAUCUUGGCCACGGUGGGUUCCGACUUUGACCUGAGGACGCUGCGAGCUGUUCGAGUGCUGAGACCCCUGAAGCUGGUGUCAGGAAUCCCCAGUCUCCAAGUGGUGUUGAAGUCCAUCAUGAAGGCCAUGGUUCCUCUGCUGCAGAUCGGCCUGCUGCUCUUCUUCGCCAUCGUCAUGUUCGCCAUCAUCGGCGUGGAGUUCUACAUGGGGAAGUUCCACACCACCUGCUUCAAGAUCGACACCGGUGAGAGAGCAGCCGACUGGCCCUGUGGUCUCGAGCCUCCAGCCAGAAUUUGUCCGAACGGGACCCAGUGCCGAGAAUACUGGACCGGACCCAACUUUGGUAUCACCAACUUCGACAAUAUCCUGUUUGCAGUGUUGACGGUAUUCCAGUGCAUCACCAUGGAGGGCUGGGUGGACAUCCUCUACAGCACCAAUGAUGUGGUGGGAAACACCUGGAACUGGCUCUACUUCAUCCCACUCAUCAUCAUCGGAUCCUUUUUUAUGCUCAACCUGGUGCUCGGUGUCCUUUCAGGGGAGUUUGCCAAAGAGCGUGAGCGUGUGGAGAAGAGGCAGGAGUUCCUGAAGCUUCGCAGGCAGCAGCAGAUUGAGAGGGAGCUCACCGGAUACUUGGAGUGGAUCUGCAAAGCAGAGGAGGUGUUGCUGGAGGAAGAGGAUGAGAUUGCAGAGGAGAAAUCCCCGCUGGACGGUGCGUGGUACAAGAGGAAACAAAACCUUCCAGUCCUAAAGCGAGGCAAAGUGAAAAAGGGCAAAAACGACCUGAUCGGUGCAGAAGAAGGAGAAGAUCCGUUCGCUGACAUCUCCUCUGUCGCUCCUCCCGGCUCCCCGUUUGGCCGGGCCAGCGUGAAGAGCGGUAAACUGGACAGCUCGUCUUACUUCCGCCGCAAAGAGAAGAGGAUUCGCUUCUUCAUCCGCCGGAUGGUGAAAGCUCAGAGCUUCUACUGGAUCGUUCUGUGUCUGGUGGGACUCAACACUCUGUGUGUCGCCAUCGUCCACUACGACCAACCCGAGUGGCUCACCAGGGCUCUCUACACGGCAGAGUUUGUGUUUCUGGGUUUGUUUCUGACCGAGAUGACGCUGAAGAUGUACGGACUCGGAGCCAGAAACUACUUCCACUCCUCCUUCAACUGCUUCGACUUUGGGGUGAUCGUCGGGAGUAUUUUCGAGGUGAUCUGGGACAUGAUCAAACCAGGAGCAUCCUUUGGUAUCAGCGUGUUGAGAGCUUUGAGGCUGCUCAGGAUUUUCAAAGUCACCAAAUACUGGAACUCACUGAGGAACCUCGUGGUUUCCCUCCUCAACUCCAUGAAGUCCAUCAUCAGCUUGCUCUUCCUCCUCUUCCUCUUCAUCGUGGUGUUUGCCCUGCUGGGGAUGCAGCUGUUUGGAGGACAUUUCAAGACCACGGAUUCAGGUUUUGGCAGGUUUAACUUUGAAGACGAGACUCCUACGACGAACUUCGACACCUUCCCGGCAGCCAUCCUCACCGUGUUCCAGAUUCUGACCGGUGAGGACUGGAACGCCGUCAUGUACCACGGCAUCGAGUCUCAGGGAGGCGUUCGUCGCGGCAUGUUCUCCUCCAUCUACUUCAUCGUCCUCACGCUCUUUGGAAACUAUACCCUCCUGAAUGUCUUCUUGGCUAUCGCUGUCGACAACCUGGCGAAUGCACAGGAGCUGACUAAGGACGAAGAGGAGCAGGAGGAGGCAGCCAAUAAGAAACUGGCCCUGCAGAAAGCUCUGGAGGUGAAGGAAGUGAGUCCGAUGUCUGCAGCCAACAUCUCCAUCGCUGCUUUUGUAAAGCAAAAUCGAGAUGCACUCUCUCGCAGGUCGUCCGUCAGCAGCAUUCAGUCACCGAGUUAUUCUGUCUACUCCUCACCUGCCCGACGUAUCUUGAGCAAAGAGCAGCAGCGUUCGGCUAAAACCAUGUCGGUGUGGGAGCAGAGGACCAACCAGCUGAGGAGGCACAACAUGAGGGCGAGCAGCGAGGCCCUGUUCAACGAGCUGGACCCCGAGGAACGUCUCCGGAUGUCCACCGCCCUCCACCUGCACCCCGACAUGAAGACCCACUUGGACCGGCCGCUCAUGGUGGAGGCCCGGAACGGGGACAAGCCCAGCUGGCACCCAGCAGAGGGAGGGCGGGAGGAGGCUGGAGAAGGGCCAGGAGACAAUGGCCAUCCCAGGAAGCAUCACCGGCACUGCGAGAGGAACGGGGACGGAGGCGAGGGUCGAGGCGGGAGGCACCACACCCAUCACAGCAGAGGCGACGGCCAUCAGACGAAGGAGAGGAGAGGGGAGAGGAGCCAGAGUCGAAAUGGAGGCCAGGGACACCGACACCACCAGGCCGGAUCUCCUGACGAGGAGGCCGGGGAUGAACGAGGGCAUCGGCACCAUCACUCCCAUCGUCCACCCAAAGAAGGGAAUGGGAUGUUGGCUAAUGGAGCCCAGGCAGAACGGAGGGGGAGAGGGGGAGGCGAAGGGGAGAGUAAUGGAGAGAGGAAGGCUCGGUGCUCUCGGAUGUCCAGAGCUCAGUCGACUCUGGGCGACGACUGCAAGAGGAGCAAGAAUGGAAGCAAAGGUUACAGGGAGAGGCAGCUGGACGCCGAGGAGGACGGACUCGUCUGCAGCCCUCUGCAGCCGAUGAGGAGCAGCCUGAGUCUGGGUGAAAAGCAGGAAGAUGCCGACAACCAGAAGAACUCGACCAGAGCCAGCCAGGCCGGACUCAACAGCAACGCCAUCCACAUCCCCGUUACCAUCACCGCACCACCUGGAGAGACCACCAUCAUACCCAUGAACAACAUCGACUGUGACAACUUCCAGCUCAGCGAGGAGAAGAAAGAUCUGGAAGAGGAGGAAGCUGCUAAUGGGCCUCGGCAGAUUCUUCCCUACAGCUCGAUGUUCGUCUUCGGGCAAACAAACCCGGUGCGUCGGCUGUGUCACUAUGUGGUCAACCUCCGCUACUUUGAAAUGUGCAUCCUGAUGGUCAUCACCAUGAGCAGCAUCGCCCUGGCAGCCGAGGACCCGGUGCAGGCCAACGCACCUCGAAACAACGUUCUCAAGUAUCUGGAUUAUGUCUUUACUGGAGUCUUCACGUUUGAGAUGGUGAUUAAGAUGAUUGAUCUGGGACUGCUGCUCCAUCCUGGCUCCUAUUUCCGCGACCUGUGGAACAUUCUGGACUUCAUUGUGGUCAGUGGAGCUCUGGUGGCCUUCGCCUGCUCGAGCCUUAUGGGAGGGACCAAAGGAAAAGACAUCAACACCAUCAAGUCUCUGAGGGUCCUCCGAGUCCUGCGGCCGCUCAAGACCAUCAAGAGGCUUCCCAAGCUGAAGGCCGUGUUUGACUGCGUUGUGAACUCUCUGAAGAACGUCCUCAACAUCCUCAUCGUCUACAUCCUCUUCAUGUUCAUCUUCGCCGUCAUUGCUGUGCAGCUGUUUAAGGGCAAAUUCUUCUACUGCACUGACGAAUCCAAAGGCCUGGAGAAAGAUUGCCGGGGUCAGUUUCUGGACUACGACAGGGACGACGUUGCCGCUCAGCCCAGAGAGUGGAAGAAAUACGAGUUUCACUACGAUAACGUUCUCUGGGCCUUUUUAACGCUCUUCACUGUUUCCACCGGAGAGGGCUGGCCAGUGGUCCUGAAACACUCUGUAGAUGCCACGUACGAAGAUCAGGGUCCCAGCCCGGGCUUCCGAAUGGAGACAUCCAUCUUUUACGUCGUCUACUUUGUGGUGUUUCCCUUCUUCUUUGUCAACAUAUUUGUGGCUUUGAUCAUCAUCACCUUCCAGGAGCAGGGAGACAAGGCCAUGUCGGAGUGUAGCCUGGAGAAGAACGAGAGGGCUUGUAUCGACUUUGCCAUCAACGCCAGGCCGCUGACGAGGUACAUGCCAGAGAACAAGCAGUCCUUCCAGUACAAGAUGUGGAAAUUCGUGGUGUCGCCUCCUUUCGAGUACGCCAUCAUGACUUUAAUCGCCCUCAACACGGUUGUGCUGAUGAUGAAGUUCUACGGAGCUCCAGACCUGUAUGAGGCCAUGCUGAAAUACUUAAACAUCGUCUUCACCAGCCUCUUCACUCUGGAGUGCAUCCUGAAGAUUAUUGCCUUCAACCCGCUGAACUACCUGAAGGAGCCCUGGAAUGUGUUUGACUUUGUGACUGUGAUCGGAAGCAUCACAGACAUUUUGGUCACGGAGAUAAAUGAUAAAAUGAUCAACCUGAGUUUCCUGCGGCUGUUCAGAGCGGCUCGACUCAUCAAACUGCUGCGACAAGGAUACACCAUCCGCAUCCUGCUGUGGACCUUCGUUCAGUCCUUCAAGGCGUUGCCGUAUGUCUGCCUGCUCAUCGCCAUGCUGUUCUUCAUCUACGCCAUCAUCGGAAUGCAGGUGUUUGGUAACAUCGAGCUGAACGAGGAAACCGCCAUCAACCACCACAACAACUUCCAGACUUUCUUCCAAGCCUUGACCCUCCUCUUCAGGAGCGCGACAGGAGAGGCGUGGCAUGAGAUCAUGCUGGCCUGUCUCAGUAACCGACCGUGUGAUAAACUCUCAGGAACUGCAGGGAAAGAAUGUGGCAGCGACUUUGCAUACUUCUACUUUGUCUCCUUCAUCUUCCUCUGCUCGUUUCUGAUGUUGAACCUCUUUGUCGCCGUCAUCAUGGAUAACUUUGAGUAUCUGACCAGAGACGCCUCCAUCCUCGGACCUCAUCACCUGGACGAGUUUAUCCGAGUGUGGGCUGAGUACGACCCGGCAGCCUGCGGCCGCAUGACUUACCGCAAUAUGUACGAGAUGCUCCGCGACAUGUCCCCUCCGCUAGGUUUGGGGAAGAAAUGUCCGCCCCGAGUCGCCUAUAAGCGGUUGGUCCGGAUGAACAUGCCCAUCGCGGAUGACAACACCGUGCAGUUCACCUCCACGCUGAUGGCGCUGAUUCGCACCGCCCUGGAGAUCAAACUGGCAUCUGGGGUUCUGGCUCAGCGGCUCUGUGAUGUUGACCUGAAGAGGGAGAUAAACCGGGUCUGGCCCAACUUGUCCCAGAAGACCGUGGACCUGCUGGUGACGCCUCAUAAAUAUAACGAGCUGACAGUGGGGAAAGUCUAUGCAGCUCUAAUGAUUUUCGACUACUAUAAGCAGAAUCGUGCCAAGAAACUGCAGCAGCAGAAUCCUUCAGGGGCACCUCAGAGUAAACUGGGAGCAUUGUUCCGUCCUGUGCUGCCCCUCCCUCACAUCCAGGAAGUAGAACCGCCGUUUCCAAGCCUCAAACAGCCAAUCACACCCCAACCGGAGCCAGAAAGGAAACCCGAGAUCCCACCAACCACCACCCUCACCAGCAGCACCAUGAGCCGGGACAUCAUACUGAACCAGAGGAGCGGCAUCAAGCACUCCCAGUCUGGAGACGUUUCUCAGGCCACUCAGAGGCCCAAAGGCCGGAAGAAGCUGCAGAGAGGCCAGUCGGAGGAUGUGCCAUAUUCCACGAGACCUCAGGAACAGGUUGAAAUGAAGCCGGUGGAGAACAUUUCCGACACUGAGGGAUAUCCGAGCCUGGAUGGCCACAGCAGAGCAGCAUCUCUGCCCCGACUCAAUGCUGAGUACUAUCGGAGCCACCCUCGCCACGCCCCUGGGACCCACCUGGCACCGAUUGUUGACCUCAGUCCUAUAAAACGCUCGGCGUCCUCACUGACGCCACAGCGCCACCAACAGGAGGUCGGGCUGAAUGAGUACGACCUGGAGCGGCCCGGUCAGGCCCAGUCCUCCUCGGGACCCGGACAGAUCCAGGAUCAGGACAGAACCCACCACCAUCACCACCACCACCGCUGCCAUCGACGCCGGGACAAAGACAAGAAGCAGAAGUCUCUGGAUCGAGCUGCAUCGGUGCAGCCGUCCAGCACUGUUGGUUCUUUUACCGACCCCUCGGCCGAAGGUUUGUCCAGAGAACGAGCGAGGGAGCGGGAUCGCAGCCGGCCUCACGAGAGGAGGCACCACUCCUCAGCAGGGGAGAAGCAGCGAUAUUAUUCCUGCGAGCGUUACGGCAGCAGGGAGCAGUGCCACGCCAAGUCAGCCGGUCCCAGUCGAUCCACAUCUCCGGGUGAAGGACAGGACUCUGGUUUCCUUAAACAGCAUGGUAGCAGUGUGGUCAAAGCUGGCCCCGUGACGCUCCCCUCUGGUUCAAGCACACCGGGCCGCAGUCGCCGGCAGCUUCCACAGACGCCCCUCACCCCUCGUCCUGCUGUGGCCUACAAGACCUCCAACUCCUCGCCUCUGCCGCCCAGCACCGGCGCCGCUACGUCAGGACACCAGACUCGCUUCAGCCGUGGCCUUUCAGAGCACGAUCGCUUAUUCGGGGCCCAAGAAGAGUCCCCGAUUCCAGUCACCCGCAUCGGUUCGGACCCUAAUUUAAACCGUCAGCAGCUGGACUCCUCUCAGCAGGUUCUGCUCGAAGAGACGGAGGACUUCCAGGACGCCAUGAGCAGCCAUGGAGGGGGACACUCUGCCAGAACUGGCGCCUCCACCACAACUUCGGUUUCGCACGGAACUGCCGCCGCGACUGUGACGGCGCCGGCCGUGCAGGGCCGAGCAGGGGGGGUGCCGAACGGGUACCACUUCACCCUCGGGGUCAACUCUGCAUCGGGGCCUGGGAACAGAGGGUGUCUCAGGGAGAGGGAGGAAGAUGACUGGUGCUAACAUGGCGGGAAACUUUGGAAAGAGUUUGCUGUUAGCUAGAAAGGAGCAGCGAGUAAGUGCUGCUCAGCGCUCGUGUCGAGUCCGUUGAGCCGCUGCAGUCGGAGGCCGGUCGGCUUGAAAACAUGCUGAGGGUACAAAGUCAGUGGGAAGUGCUGUAAAAGGGGGAUCAGAAAUCAUUCCAGCUUUGUAGUGUUACUCUCUUUUUAAUACAACAACCUCUUUAAGGAAUAUAAACUUUUUCUACCCCCUUUACUUGCACUGAAAUUAUAGCACAUGUCAAGACCCUUAAGUAUUUUUGCCUUGGCCAGUGAAUUCAGUGGAGCAGAAGACAAAAGCCAAAAUCUCCUCAUUCUUUGGGUGAAACUAUGAACUUUGUUUCACGCUGAUCAGAAUGCCUCAUUGAGUUUUUAUUACCGUAUGUCUCAUUUUGUUUCCGUUUCACCCUCCAAGUUAUCUUCCUCUCCUUUGAUUUUUUACUACGACAGGGUUAUCGUCGAAUUUUGACCCGAGCGGAUUAGAGAAACUUUUUUUUAUUCUGGUCUAAAAAUUCUGCCAUAUACCUACUGAACACAGAAAGUCAUCAGACGUGGGUCAGAAUUGCUCUAAAGCCGAGUUUUCACGAUCACGUUUUUGUAAAUUGUACCAGGUGUAAAUUUUUUGAGUGCACGUAGGGAAUAGGACAACUCUUUUUCUGACAUUAAGUGGCUAAAAUACCAAGUGCCUCGUUUUCCACGAUGUGUUAAGAUGCAGCCUGGCUUGGAGCUGAAUAUACAGGAUCUAAGUGUGUACUCAGCUGACAAGAUGUGGACAGAACAAACUGGUAGAAAGGACAGAAUGCAAAAAUAGUCUUUUUUUGUACUGAAUCUUGUGGUAGGUAAGUCAGAAUUAGAGAUCCAAAGUAAGCAAUGUAGUGCAUGCCAGGGUUGUCAAAAAAAAAAAAAAAAAAAUAGUGUCUGUACUUUUGCUUAAGGGUGUGUGGUUAAGCCUUUGCCUUUCUCUUUCAAAUAUACUGCCAGCCAGUUGGUAGAAAACAGUCUCUGGAUGGGGAAAAGUGCCAUUUUUUUGAUUAAUAAUCGACAAAAAAGUUCAGAAACACCUGCCUCGUCACGGUAUUUAUCUCAUCUCGGCCAUAUUUACCCAGAUUUCAAGGGUUUCCUUUUCUUCCCGUCUGUUUCCUCUGAGAGCAGUAUUGUGUGAGGGUUUGUAGGUGAGGUUACCUGUGUGCAGUUUCACGGGUACAAUAAGGAGUUGUGUUGUUGCUGCUGACUGUUGACUAAAAGUAGGGCUAUGCAACAAGACGACACUUCAUCUUGCCCUGUAGCUUUACCCUCUGGAAUCUCCAGGUUCAGGCUUUAGUGUGACUGCGACCAAAUUUUACAUUUUACGUGUGAAGAGCUGUAAAUUCUAAAUGUAUUAUACGAUGUACAGUUAACCGACAACACACGCUGAGGCACAAAUGGUGUGAAUCGCAGGGCAUUUUUGAGGUUGGCAAGUUGACUGCAUGACGCCUACUCAGAUAGAACCACCCAGAAUAUAAAACUGUGUUCUUUCCACAUUUGGGUCAAGUUGUAUUUUUAAAUAAUUUUAGUGGGUUUGAAACUUGCCGGGAGAACCACAUUUUUCACAUUAAUGUCUGUGCUCACCAAGCGUUUUUGUGUCACCAUUGGAGUUCUGGAGAGGAUUACAUCUAGAGAGAGACUUGAAGCUCUAAAUUUCAUCCGUUACCAACCAUUAUACAACACUUUUGCUACACUCUGACUCUUUACCUCGUUUCACAGGACUGGACGUAACUUGUUAAAGGAUAAGGCUGGCAAUAUUCUCUGUUUUUGUUUUAAACUGACUCCUGCACACUUAGGAGCCAAAGUUAACGAGUGUACCUUCGACGUUCGACGUCACAAAAACGUAGUGAAGAGAUGUCGUGUCUUCUGGUGGGUUUCCCAACAUGUGCAAGCAACCACUGUAGAUCUAGCACUGAAAUGUCACAAAUAAAUGUAUUCUUGCAGGUUAGACAGGGUCUAAAACCUUUGAUCCAUUUGUCCCUGCCUGGUGCACCUUUCUAAUGAAACUGGUUGUAGAUUUUAGUCUAAAGCUUGUUUGUUCUAAUGAUUUAAAUCUUUAUAUAAGUCUUUAAAAAAAAAAAAAAACUCAAAAAUUUGUGAAAAGAGCUGGUUGCUGGGGUUUUUCAGAAAUAUUCUCAGCUAAGAAAGCAGUAAAUCGUGCAUUUGUUGGUUUCUACCUGUAGAUUGAUGCACAUUUAAUGUGUUUUUAUGGCAGCAUGAAGACGUGCUUUCACCGAAAUGCACUUAUGUUCAGGAAGGAACUUGUCUCCUGUUCAUCAGUUCCUACUUAAGAUAAAAAAAAGUCUUUAAAACUAGUCUCAAAAACAUGUUUCUAUUGAUGCACAAUGGACGAUAUUUGCCUAUAUUGGAUUUUCCAAUAUUUUCCAGCUCAUUGUGGUAGAUUGCAGAAGACAGUACUGAUAUAUGUGCGUAUUUUUCCCACCAAAUCUAGAAGUCUCUCCUGUAGUGGACUUAACAUAUUGAGAGACCCACUCUUCCACAUAUUUUACAUGUAUUACAUAAAGUGUAAUGCUUUUCAAAAGUGCACAUUUACCAGACAAAAUAACUUCAACUUACAACUGACUUUGAUUUAUGCAACGUUUUCAAAUCGAACUGUGAACUUUAAGGCCAAUGCGGAUAUUUUAAAGCAUUUUAUGGGGCGACAACAAAGAUGAUACUGGUAUCAUUUCCUAAAAUGGCUGAAGAACUGUUGUUUUCCCAAACGCAACUCAAACAGGACGAAAUAGUGGAUUAUGCAGAACUGAUCUGGCUAAACGUGUAAUUCAUGGCAUUAAAAAUCAGUUAAUUGUGGAUUCAGUUCUUAUUUUUGUGUUUAAAAAAUACAAAAAAAUGAGAAAUUGCUGACCUUAUCCUUUGAGCUACAUAGAUAAAUGUGUUAAAAAGACAUUUCUUAAUAAAUAACUGUACAUCAGACUGUUACAAGUAAUGAUUAUGGUCCUGAUUGUCAGAGUUGGUUCACAAAACAUCUCAAAAUCCUUCAGAUUUAAUUGGAACAAGUUAAUAUUCUCAGAUAUUUAGCAUUUUUGUUUAAUUUUUACCAGUAGAAAUACAGACCUUGGUGCUCAUUUUAUCAUCCUGGCAAGUUUAUGAACACGUAAAUUAUUUGCAAAUACUUCUAUCCAAAUCUGAUUUUGUCCCACUAUACUAGUAGAUUUCAUUUUAUUCAUCUCUAAGUGUGCAAUCUAUUGAUGGAUCUAAGUGGAGACAGUUUAGACUUGAAGGGUCUAAAUGUUUGUGUGGUUGUUGUUUGUACCAACAGGUUGCCUGUUGUCUCAUUGUAAGUUGCCAUAUUGGAACAGAAGUUUAUGUUCAUCUAUGGUAGAUUUUAUAAAAAGAUAAAGAUCCUACAUUUCCUCCACUGAGCCCCACAUGAACCGGGUGCCAAGUUUUUCCUCUUUUCUAUGGCUGCCCUCCUCUGGACAUGUCCUGUUUGCAUGUUCUGAAAAAGAAACUGUGCAUGUGCGAAAAAACACAAAGAGAAAAAAAAACUAAUAAUAAUAGUGGUAUUGUUUGGCUUCAUUGAGUCCAUGAUUUGUACAAUUUGUAUUUUCUGAUUAAUCUCAACACACACAAAUGUAUUGGUUUCAGGUAAAAGAAAAAAUGAAAAUAAAAACAAGCUUGAAAAACAUUUUCUUCUCACAGAACCACCAAAGUGGAACCGAGGCUCUUUGUCAGAAAAGAGGUUCUGGAGUGGCUGAAUCCUUCGCUGCCUGAUCUGUUACUUGACUGUCUCCUGCAGUCAUUUCGACUGAACCUAUAGAUUUUGUAUGAAUAUAAGUCCUUGAAUAAAGAGGUAUGAUUAUGAAA